UUGUCCAAGACUCAAAAAUCGUGUUGUAUAAACAAAUAAUUGAUGCGGCCAUUCUCAUUACAAUCUUUCCUACCUUGCAACGAAAAAUAGACAUUUGUGUGUACUAAAUAAACCUACCGGCACAAGUUUUAGAAUUGUAUUAAUAAAAAGGAAAAUGUAAUCAAAGUUAGCAAACAUUUGAAAGUAAUUCGCAAACAUAAAAAGGCCAUGCAUAGAUAUCAACUUCUGCAAAAAUGGGCCCCGAGGGUGUUAGUCUGUCACUGUCCCUGCGCGUACUAUGGGGGUUCAAUAAUGUUAUAUGGUUUACUUACAGCGUGGUAUACUCAAUGGCCUUAUUAGAAGAUUGCUACCAUAGAAUUCCAAUAGUGUCUGUAAAGUCUGAACCCGAUUUUUUUUAAAAGCCUCACAAAGCUAUUUAUGCUAUUAUUACUAGGGUUUUCAUUCUUUUUAUAUGUGUAUAUAUAUAUAUGCAUAUAUAUAUAUCGAGACUAUUUUAUAAUUAUUGUAAAGUCUUAUUUAAGUUUGAUCAUUCACAUAUGAACGUAUGGACCAGUAGACGUCCUCCCCACACAUUUAAAUGUUCUAUCAAGGUAUAAGAAUUCUUCACUGCACGGUGCUCUUCGGUUUUGCUUUACGUGAUGGCUAGGGACUUUGUUUAAUUGCAAGAAAACACAUUUUAAUAUAUAUUUUGUUAUUGGACUGACACUGAACCGCCCACCUCUUUGAGUGACGAGGGAGUGACGUAGGGCUCGGAGGGCGUGGCCUCAAUAGAAGUUGUCAGGGUGGAAUGGCGCUCGGCGCGGUAUUUUGAACAAUCGUGUGUCCCUUUCGCUGUUCUUGAUCUGAAUACGUACCCAGUUACAACAAGUCGGCAUUUCAACCCAUAUAAUCUCCCAAGCAUGGACGUGGUGUCCCCAGAGCUCAUCAACCUCCUCCCGGACGAGAUCAUGGAUACCGAGGCCAUCAUCGCGGAGGAGGUCCCCGUCUCCGCGGCCCAGCCGUGCGACGCGGCGCCGGUUCCCAUGGAAACGGACGCGCCCGUCACCACGGUCACGGCACAAAACCCGCAGCUCUGUGCGACCCUGACGCCGGCGCCCCUCCGGAGCGGCCUGCCGAGCCAGCUGACCCUCGUCGUCUCCAGUGCCUCUUCGUCGCCGUCGUCGACGCUGGCCUUCAAGCCCAUGUUCGCCACGUCGACGGUCACCUCCACCCGGACCACGGCCAGCCUCGCGGGCGCCAGCGUCCCCGCCGGUAGCGGCCUGCAGAAGCUCUCGCCGGGCUCCUUCGCCAUAUCCGCCGCCAACCACCAGAUCAUCCUCAACAAGGUGGCGGAGGCCACCAAGACCUCGGGCAUGGGGGUGAGCGCCAGCACGGCGCAGGUCAUCAAGCAGGACGGACAGAAGCUGCUGGUCACGACCAUCGGGAAGUCGGGGCAGCCCAUAAUGCUUCAGCUGCCCCAGAAGAGCGUCCUGGGCCAGGCCUCGGGGGACGGUAAGUCCCCCGCACCCCAGUACAAGGUGGUGACGAUCGGGGGCAGGACGGAGCUGAAGCCGGUGAUGGGGAGCCCAGGCAGUCCACUGCCCGUGUCGGCGCUGCAAGCCCAGCAGCUGAAGACGUUGCAGAUUGCUAAGAAAGCACAGGUUUCCUCGGCGGCUCCCAUCAAGUACAUAAUCACCAAAACCGUCAGCAAAGGAUUGACGUCUCAAACAACCGUUUCUCCCGUUAUUGCCGGACGAGUACUGAAUUCACCAGUGAUGUCCACGAAGACCAUCAGUAUCUCAGAGUCUCUCAACACCAGCCUGCAUAAAAAGAUUGCCAUUUCGCCUCUAAAGUCACCCAGCAAGCUGACCGUGGUGUCGGUCGCCUCCCAGACCCCCAACGCCACGCAGAAGUCGAUGGGGGUCCCGGUCAACAUGGCCCUGGGCCAGCAGAUCCUAACCGUGCAUCAGCCUGCUGCCGUAUCCCCCUCCAAGGGGGUAUCAAACCAGUCCGCCGCCCAGAGCCUGAAGCCGGUGCAGACGGUGACCAUGGGCGGCUCCCACUUCAAGACCAUCAUCCCCCUGGCCACGCAGCCCAACGUGCAGCAGAUCCAGGUCCCCGGCAGCCGCUUCACCUACGUCCGGCUGGUCACCUCCACCACCGCCAACCCCACCACCCUGCAGGCGGGGGGCCCCACCACCAGCACCAUGCAGACAGCCAAACCCAUGGUGGUCAACACAGGAACGGUACGGAUGUCUGUGCCCAUCGCCCCGGCACAGACCAUGAAACAGAUGGUGCCAAAGUCGAUUACGACGACGACCCAGGUGAUGACCAACGCCCAGACCCAGCAGCGGCUGAUCAUGCCCGCCACUUCCCUGCCCCAGAUCCAGCCCAACUUCACCAACCUGCCCCCAGGGACUGUGCUGGCACCAGCCCCCGGGACGGGGAACGUAGGCUACGCUGUGGUGCCCGCGCAAUACGUCGCGCAGCUCCAGCAGUCCUCCCUGGUGACCAUGGCUAGCAGCUCUGGGUUCCACACCCCCACCGGGGUCCAGACCCAGGCCCGGCUGCCUGUCAACGGCUUGUCCACGGCAACGGACUCCUCCACGAGGCCUAGGAAACCGUGCAACUGCACCAAGUCACAAUGUCUCAAACUAUAUUGCGACUGCUUUGCAAACGGGGAGUUCUGCAAUAACUGCAACUGCAAUAACUGCUUCAAUAACCUGGAGCAUGAAACGGAACGACUCAAAGCCAUAAAGACGUGUCUGGACCGCAAUCCCGGCGCUUUCAAGCCCAAGAUCGGCAAGGGGAAGCAGGGGGAAUCGGACCGCAGGCACAGCAAGGGCUGCAACUGCAAGCGCUCGGGCUGUCUGAAGAACUACUGUGAAUGCUACGAGGCGAAGAUCAUGUGCUCGUCAAUAUGCAAGUGUGUCGGCUGCAAGAACUUUGAGGAGAGCCCAGAGAGGAAGACUCUGAUGCACCUGGCCGACGCGGCAGAGGUGCGGGUGCAGCAACAGACGGCUGCCAAGACCAAGCUAUCCUCGCAGAUCUCCGACCUGCUCACGAGAACCACGCCAAUCAGCACGAGUGGAGGCGGCCGGCUGCCUUACACGUUUGUCACAAAGGAGGUGGUGGAGGCGACGUGCGAAUGUCUCCUGGACCAGGCCCGGCAGACUGAGCUGAGCGGGCAGCCGCAAGCCCUGGCUGAGCGGCUGAUCCUGGAGGAGUUCGGACACUGUCUCAUGAGGAUCAUCAGCUCGGCGGGGAAGGCCAAGUCGGACUGCAUCAACUGCUAGACCUGGACUCCCCUCGACCCUGUUCCCUGGGUCUGGCUCAUUCGGACCCCUGUUCCUUAAAGGAGCCGCUUGGGAGUGCGUUGGCAGAGAAUGAAACCAGUCCCUUUUUCCCCUCUCAUGUACCUCCAAUCUACCCCCCCUGGGCUUUUAAUUUGAAGGACAAAAUAAUGACUUGACAUCAAUGGACAUUGGACAGUAGAGUGAGCUACUGCCUUGCUAAGGAUCGCAGCCGGAUGAAACCGGACUGAUAACGCUAACUCGGACACGCAUUAUGCACAAUGUUGGCAGAGCUGCACAUAUUUUGGAUUAAAAAAAUAAUCUACAAAUUCUUGUAGCUUAGUGCUAAUAUGUUUCCGUAGUCAUGUGCCUACCUGGAAGCUCAGUUGGAAUAAUGAGUUUUGUUUUUUCUCUCAUCAUUAGCAAUGACAAAAAAAUGGCUAAAUAUAUGUAAAGAGAAAAAUGAACACAUUAGGAUUUUUUGCGUCCUAAAUGCGCGGAGGGUAGCUCAUUCAACCUGCACACAGAUUGUAUAUUUGACUGAUAACAAUUUGCUAUUUAAUUUACUAAUAUUCUCUUUGCCAGGUAUAUCCAUGACUCCAUUAAUGACAUCCUUUUUACACCUGGCUUUACAACCAUGUCCGAUAAUCUUGUGUGAGUGCGUCCUCAGAAAAUUCUGGAGAAAAUCCCUACAAAAUCAGUGUUCAUGGUAGUUUUUAUGAUAGCUUAGCAUUUGGCCUGAUUAUAAAAUUGUGGUGAGUUAUUUAAAUAUCAGGAGAAAAUCUCUUGCCACAAUCAAUUUAUAACUGCUUGUUUUGUAUGUUUUUAUUUAAUAUUUUCCUUAAAUGCCAUCCCUCCCUAAUAUAUUUAAGAAUUAAGCUAGGCGCCAACCUUAUGGCUAGUUUAUACUGAUUCUUUAACCAACAGACUUCUCAAAUGGUGAGUUUUCUCUGGCUGCAGGAAAUAUGUAUGGUUUAGAUUCGCAACUUGUACUUCAUCUUCAUAAUUUUUUUUACUUGAAUUUAGUACCCAAAAUUACCCUUCUAAUACAAACAUUGGUUCCCUCAGGAAUAACCCGUAAAGCAUUUUCGGAUUAUUCCAAGAUGGAUGAAAACAUGAGGAUCUGCAAUAGGAAGAUUCUGUCACUUUAGCGACAUGGAGCUGUACUGUAUCGUGUUUGCUUUUAAUUCAGAUUCAGAAGUAUUGCUGCUUUUGACUGUUUGUCUUCCAUUCUUCACAAUAUUUUGUCAAUGCAAAGUUGCCUUAAAAUAAUUUUGAAAAGCAAAAGCUUUAGUUAAUGUGUUUGGACACCAACAAAUAUUUUUGGUAAGUUGUGUAUAUGAGAGGUGUACAUUGUGCUAUUAUUUUUAAACCUUUUAAAUUGUCUUGUUUAAUAUAAGUAACUAUUUUAACAGGGCAUUUAUAUGAAAGUAAUAUUUAAGAUUGAAGUCAAAAGUGUUAGUUAAGAUUAAUAUCAUCAGAAAUCAGAAGGUAUGUUUCUCUUUAGAAGCGGUUCUGUAGCAUUCAAUACGGAACUGUAGGUAAGAUGGCUAUUUGGGAACAGGCUUGACAAAGGCUGAUUUUAGUAGUUUCUAAUAGUAAAACCUAUUUCAAGAACUUUGAAUUGGCAUCAUUGUCGAUAUGACUGAGGUCAUCAAAUUAAGAGUAAUCUUCUUGGAAUUAUAACACAUUUCACAAUUGCGUUUAAAUGCAGUUUGAAUUGUCGUUUUGUACAGUUUCAUUCUUCAAUCUUUGUUUUCGUGAAUACUGUCAACAUGCAAAUUAAGACAAUUUAGCUCAACCCCAAAAAGAAAGUGCAUGGUAAAAGUCACAGACGUUAAAAAUAAAAGCGAGUCCACGCUUUACGUAUCCUAUGACGACUUCCGCUUAGGCGAAGUACAUAUUCAAGUGCGUUGAAGAAGUCUUCUCACAUGAGGCUUGACUUUGCAGGGUAUGUGUUUCUCCGUUUGUAGCCAAAUAUUAACAAAUCUUUGAUAAAACCGGAAAAGCCAAUGUGAGGCGACUAUUAAUUAAUAGCGAAAUGCACACCGGACAACCAAAGAUGAGCCCAUAUGAUAGUAUUUGGAUUUUUGGAAAUGGAAAUGAGCACGAGGUAGGCAGAUGUUUCUGCGAAAAUAUGGUGAUACGUUGAUCUUCCUCGUGUUUUGGAGUUUUUCCAAACUACAUCGACUACUUCAAGGUGGGGGUGCAUGCAUCCUCUAGUGCACUGUGAUGCCUGAAGGCGGAGUCGUUUAUGCCGCUGCAGCUAUGACCCGUAGGUAGCAGGAAUCGUGGAAGAAUAUGGAGCUGGUUUGGUGGAAGGCCUCUUCCGGGCCCAGUAUUGUUUGCUACGGCCCCCAUGUGGCAAAAGGCAAG